GCUUCGACGCAGCCGCAGUGAGACCCAGUCGGCGCAGGCAAGGGGAGGUGGCGGAUGGUCGGCUGAGCUGAGGCGGGAGCCGGGUUUCUUCUCGUUUUUUCCCCACCCUUCGCCGGGAGGCUUCGGACUGGAGCCGCCAUGGGGCCGUGGUGACCGAGCAGAGGGACCGGCGAGGGCGGGAGGAGGAGCGCCAUGAACCUGAGGGGCCUGUUUCAAGAUUUUAACCCGAGCAAAUUUCUUAUUUAUGCCUGCCUGCUGCUGUUCUCAAUUUUGCUGUCUCUCCGGCUGGAUGACAAGAUCGAAUGGAGCUACUGGGCUGUGUUUGCUCCGAUAUGGCUGUGGAAGUUAAUGGUUAUAGUGGGUGCCUCCGUAGGGACUGGCGUAUGGGCCCGGAACCCACAAUAUCGAGCAGAAGGGGAAACGUGUGUGGAGUUCAAAGCCAUGUUAAUUGCCGUUGGCAUCCACCUCCUCCUGCUGAUGUUUGAAGUUCUGGUCUGCGACGGAAUCGAGCGAGGGACCCGUUUCUGGCUGCUGGUCUUCAUGCCCCUCUUCUUCGUGUCUCCGGUAUCAGUGGCUGCUUGCGUGUGGGGCUUCCGCCAUGACCGGUCUCUGGAGCUGGAAAUCCUGUGCUCCGUCAAUAUACUCCAGUUCAUAUUUAUUGCCCUCCGAUUGGACGAAAUCAUCAAGUGGCCAUGGCUUGUUGUUUGUGUCCCUCUGUGGAUCCUGAUGUCCUUUCUCUGUUUGGUUGUGCUAUAUUAUAUCGUUUGGUCAGUCUUGUUCUUACGCUCAAUGGACGUGAUUGCCGAACAGAGAAGAACACACAUUACGAUGGCCGUCAGUUGGAUGACGAUCGUGGUUCCGUUGCUCACCUUCGAAAUCCUGCUGGUGCACAGGCUGGAUGGCCAUAACACUUUCUCCUACAUUCCUGUAUUCGUUCCGCUGUGGCUUUCGCUCAUAACUUUGAUGGCAACCACCUUUGGCCAGAAGGGGGGCAAUCAUUGGUGGUUCGGAAUUCGCAAAGACUUCUGCCAGUUCCUGCUCGAGAUCUUCCCAUUCCUGAGGGAGUAUGGCAACAUUUCUUAUGACCUGCAUCACGAAGAUAACGAGGAAACGGAAGAAACGCCGGUUCCGGAAGCUCCCAAAAUCGCUCCGAUGUUUCGGAAGAAAGCCGGGGUGGUGAUUACGCAGAGCCCCGGGAAGUACGUCAUCCCGCCGCCCAAACUGAACAUCGACAUGCCGGAUUAAAAAUGGAACUUUUUGCACAGGACGGAAUGUCUCCCCGCGAUUAAUCGCCUCUGGGUAUCCGCGGCCAACCCUUAUUAUUUUUUAAUUCAUGCCUUGGUUUUACUUGGUUGGAUGGGUAGGGAUUGGGGCCACUGUGGAUGUGCACUCAUGUCGUUCCCUUAACAAGUGUCCAUCCUGGGGUGCAAAAUAUCACCUAGUAAAAGCAGGAAGUAAAUCUGGCCGGGUUCAGCAGUGGGAACGGCUGAGUCCCUGUUCACAGAACGGCAGCCUUAGGUUUGAGUUCAGUUCUCGGCAUCCAAGUCAUAGAUUGCCACUGCUAAUACCGCUUCACAGUCCCACCUAUCCCGAGUUUUUCCUGUCCACAGUUCCCCCUGGACAAAGGCCCACGUAGGGCUUUGCGCUCACACACUCCUGCAGAGGAUGGGUGUGUAUUUUGGAGAAAGCAGAAAAGGUUUCUUCACGUACGAACCUUCCUCCUUGGUGGAAGUCAUGUUUUCCUGUAUAUAGUAUUUAUAUAAACUCUUGGCCAUGUAAUAUAUUGGGGCUGGGGGGGGGCGGAGAUGAGUCUGUACAUUAUAAAUAUGUAUGUAAAAAGUAUUUUUUAAAAGGCUGUACGGAAUGCGUAAUCUCUGGUGCGUGGCCCCGUUGAGUGUUCCUCUCGGUUUCUAUUUCGGGUUGAAGUACCUUAGGCAAAAGUCGUUCACACCUUUCGAAUUUUCCCCCCUCGAGCCCAUGAACUACUAUUCAGACGUGAGUCUUCGCCUAGGAUUGUUGGCACUUCUCAUUCUGGAUUAAAUUGGGCUCAGAAGAGGUAUGUAAAUUUUUCUGUGAAUAGCCUCAAUCUUUGUACCAUCUGCGGUGGGGUGGAGAGAGGCUUUCAGCUCUUUUUAAAAAAUUUCCACACUACAUUUGGGCAAAGGCUGAUUUCUCACAGCCUCACCUUUUGACCUGUUCAAUAAAGCAUCCCCAAGGGUUUUUUUUCUUUUUUUUGAGU